CGGGAGUAUUGGGGGGUGGGGGGAACCCAAACAAAAGCCAACCCAAGGCGGGUCCGCGCUAACGCGAUGGAGCGGCCGCCGGAUCGCAGCCGCCGCGUGUCGCUCCCUUCCCCGGCGGCAGCCCCGGGCGGCGGAGCGGCGCCUGGGCGCGACCAGGCAGCAGAGGAGGGCGCGCUGCCAGCCGGCUUCGGGGGCUGCAGCCUGUAGCAGCCAGCGAGCGAGGGGCGGGCGCGGGCUUCAGGCAGCGGCUGCUUCGGGGCUGGGACGGAGCAUGCUCAGAUCGCCCGGGCAGGCAGCUGAUGGGGAGCCGCGUGUGAGAUUACAGCGGAGCGAGCGGGCAGCUGCGGCUUCGCGCCGAGCUCGCUCCGGCGCGGGGCGAACGGAGGAGGCGCCGCCGAAUGGGAUUGCAGCCGCCGCCGCCGCCGCCUCGGAGCUCUCCGCGCAAGGGGCACUCGCCACUCCGCGGUGCUGGCUCCCUCCUGACCCGGGAGAGCGGCGCGGAGGGGGGGUAACCUGCACCCCUGGGCGCCUCCUGACCUCCGCUGCCCGCCCCGGCAGGAUUCCAGGAGCAGGGGGAAGGCAGAGCCCGCCCGGUGCCGGCCGUUCCUGGGCUCGGCCAUGUGCCUGGGUACUUAGCAAGGAGGAAAGCCUGCAGCCGGGGGAGGGGGCAGGAUAUUUUGUUUGGGGGGGCGGAGGGGGAGCCCCGCUCUCCAGCUGGCUGUGUGACAGAAGGAAGCAGCCUCCUCCCCCCUGGUGGGGAUGAAGGCACCAACUUGGAGAGGCAGCCCCAGUGGCUUGGUCUCCGGGGCUGGGAGGUUGGCCCCCAUGGCUGAAUAGGACCCUCCCUCUCCCACUAUGGAUCUGCUGGUGCUGAUGAACAUCAGUGUUGGCACCCCCAAUGGCUCCCUUGCCUUCCCCUCCUCUUCGCCCCUGCAGCAGCCUCCCUCCCACUACUCCCCUGGGGCUGUGGCCAGUUUGGCAGCUGUGGUGGGUUUCCUGAUCGUCUUCACCAUCGUGGGCAACGUGCUGGUGGUGAUCGCCGUGCUGACCAGCAAGGCGCUGCGAGCCCCGCAGAACCUCUUCCUGGUGUCCUUGGCCAGCGCUGACAUCCUGGUGGCCACCUUGGUCAUGCCUUUCUCCUUGGCCAACGAGAUCAUGGACUACUGGUACUUCGGCAAAGCGUGGUGCAACAUUUACCUGGCGCUGGAUGUGCUGUUCUGCACAUCCUCCAUAGUGCACCUGUGCGCCAUCAGCCUGGACAGGUAUUGGUCUGUCACCCAGGCGGUGGAGUACAACCUCAAACGGACCCCACGGAGGAUCAAGGGGAUCAUCCUCACUGUCUGGCUCAUCUCAGCUGUUAUCUCCUUCCCCCCCUUGAUCUCCGUGUACCGAGACCCCGAGGGGGACCUUUUCCCCCUGUGCAAACUCAAUGAUGAAACCUGGUACAUCCUCUCUUCAUGCAUUGGCUCCUUCUUUGCCCCCUGCCUGAUCAUGGUGCUGGUUUAUGUCCGCAUCUACCGGGUGGCCAAGCUGAGGACCAGGACCCUUUCUGAGAAGCGCACGGUGCCUGAGGGCUCUUCCCUGUCUGAGAAUGGGCUGAGCCGGGCUCCUCGGGGCUGCACGUCACUGAGGAUGCAGCCAGGGGAGAAUGGACAUUACUCGGUGCACCAGUGGCGCAAAGCCUCAGAGCUGGAGGACAUUGAGCUGGAGGAGAGCAGCACCUCAGAGAGCAGGCGGAGGCGGAGCCGGGAUGAGCACCCCCGCAAAAGCAGUAAGAGCCAGUCCUUCUCAUAUUCCUACUCCUCCAAGCGCUCCAGCAAUCGCUCCAGGGAUCUCUUCUCCUCUCACCGCCGCAGGAAGCGCAGCAGCGUCUGCCGUAAGAAGGUCACCCAGGCCCGGGAGAAACGCUUCACUUUUGUGCUGGCUGUGGUCAUGGGGGUCUUUGUGGUGUGCUGGUUCCCCUUCUUCUUCAGCUACAGCCUCUAUGGCAUCUGCCGGAAGGCAUGUGAGGUCCCUGAGACUCUCUUCAAGUUCUUCUUCUGGAUCGGGUACUGCAAUAGUUCCCUCAACCCGGUCAUCUACACAAUCUUCAACCAGGACUUCCGCAGGUCUUUCAAACACAUCCUCUUCAAGAAGAAGAAGAAGAAUUUUUUGCACUGAGCUGGAGUGGAGGGGAAGGGUCUGCACUGACCUUGGAGUGGAGAGGAGAGGGGCCUGAGUGCUGGAGUAGAGUAGUGAAGAAGUGGGGGAUGUGAGUAAGGGUGUGAGUUCACUGACCUUGGAAUGGAGUGAAGUGGGGGUGGGGGAACCAGUGUUUGAGUAAAGAGGGAUAAAUGACGGAGGGGAGGGGAGAUGAAUUUGCAUUUUGACCUUGGAGGGGAGGAGGGGAACCAUAAAGAAGAGGGUGGGACAUUAUGUUCAGGCAUGAUGACCACUGUAAAGGUCUCUGAGGUCUAGAAGCCAAUCAAAGAUGGGGAGAGGGAGGGAUGGAUUGGUGGUGGAGUGGGAGAUUUAUUAGCAGGUGUUUAUUAGCAGUUAGAGAAGCUGGGACUUGUGCUGGACUCAUUCCAGGAAGAAACCAGGUUUUACUGGUGAGGUGGGGGACAAGUGAGAAAGAAGAUGCCAAGUAAUAGCCACUGAUAGUCUUUGAUAGUCUGAAAGGAUUUAAGUGUUUGCCAAAAAAAAUUCUAAAGAACAAUCCAAACUCUUUUCUAAAUAAACCUUUGUACUCUAAACCCUUCUCAAUUGUGGUUUUACAUAGGGCUUAAGUGAAAACAGGUACUUGGGGGCUUUCUGCCCUCUAGUGGCCCUUUGCAUAUACCCCUGAGAGUUUCUCUUCCUCUCUCCCUCAAUACCCCUCAAAGGGGCUAGUCUCAGGGGCUGAGUUUGGGUUCUGGUCUCAUUCUCACAUGUGCAGUUGACGGCACCCUGCUGUGCAGCUGUUCAAAGGAACAGCAAUCCCCACACCACAGAUGCUUUAAAUCCUUCACAUUUACAAUCUUAGGGCAAAUUAAACCCAUUAGAUUUACUUUUUAAAAUGAGAAACAAAAGCAGCUGAUGAUCACUGAGAUACAAGAACACAUUUCUGUGGAUGGAUGGCUGUUCCAAUCCUUUAAUAUUAAUCUCUCAUUUUUCUAUUUGCACUUAUAGUUUGAGUCUGAAUUUGUGUUUUGAGCAAUGAUUAAAACAAACACUCCCCCUCCCCCCAGGGAUUUAUGAAAUCCCAUAACUGCUGAUGGGUAGGAUGAGAAACAGGAUGGCAUCUGUGUAUUCAUCAACAGAUUUCCAAUUGCCUGUAAGACUCAGCCAACAUUUAAAGAAUCGAACAGUCCCUCUCCAACUGUACUGCUGCAAGGUGCGUCUGUCUGAGGGAGGAAAUUCUGCUCUGUCUUAUUAUGCACAUCAUUCCCUCUAUAGGCAGUAGGAUUUGGCAUCUGCCACAUAAACCUUUCCCUAGUAAACAACUCCCUGAAAUGGAAGGAGAUCUAAUCUAAUACGGCAGGCACCUUGAAGCAUCCAAAUCAAAUCUAUAGCUUUGAUUCAUGAGAUAUCCACUUCCUUGCUGGCUGUUUUACAGGAAGGUGUCAACAGACCCUCUUUCCUUGGGAUCCCUAUGUCAGAAAUGAUAAACCAGUAACUUAGGCUGUUUUAUCUGCUUUAUAUUAUUACUGCUCCGUUCACUUAGACGGCAUAGAUGCAGGUCUUCAGUGGUUCAGGUUUAGGUGUAGAUUUAAUAGACUGUUUCCCUUCGGGACUAACUCAAAUGGCAUUUUGCCUAAGUAAAGACUACAGCUUGUGGCCCACUGAGUUUGAAUGGUUCAGCUGAAAACCAAAUUGGGACAUUUUCAAAUUCAGGCUCUUUAACCUAUAGCCUUUUGGGGGAAAUAAGGAUUCAAGUGAUGAAAAGAUUCAAACUUGGUUUAAAUGUUCACACUCUGAAAGAAGAGGCAUUAAGCCUUGUUUUGAAGGGCUGUCCCAUCUUUGCAAACUGCUGAUGGUUAGAUGAAAGCAGCCGUCUUGAUGCAGUGCACACACAAGGCUGCUAAUAUUAGAAAAUAAUGGAAGUGGCGGAGAUGAGAAAAAUAUAAGCCAUUUUCCCUUCUGUAAAAUGGAGAAUUCAUUUUAAAAUGGCAUAAAGGGGAGGUGAGGCAAACUCAGGUAGUUUGAGGGCAGCAUGAGAUGGCAGUGUGGGGCUAAAUAAGUCAAUAAACUAUAUAAUUGUCAGAACAACCAAAGCAACACAUGGUAAAUAUGCUACCUCGGAAAUGCUGGAAAUCUUCAUUAAAAUAUCCAUUCUCACCACCAGAAAGGUUUGUAUUUGUCACUGGGUGCUCAGGUUGGAGUGGCUUCUCACUCUGCAGACACAUUUCACUGUUGCACUCCUAAUUUUUAAAUCAGAUUGGCGUGCCGUAAACAGUCAUUUCCCUGUGUUUUUCUUUGUAAAAACAGACGGAGUCUGAAAGAGAAAAGAUGGUUGACAGUUAAAUUUGAGUGGGGGCGAAGUAUGGAUGGAACAGAGGACAUAUGCCUUAAAAGUAAUUUCUUUGCCAUAAAAUCAUUUUAAUUGCUUGGAACAUGUAACAGUGCACACACAAGGCUGCUAUUUUCUGUUUUUUUGCUUUUACAUAACUGAAUAAGGAAAGAUUUCUGCAGAUGCUGACCAUCUGAUCUGUACAGCAAUGCACUUGAAAGCAGGGCAUUUCCCUGUGGUUUUAUUUUACCUUUAUUUACAAUUACUCAUUUGACUGAACUCCCCCAAAGAAUAUUAAUUUUUUUCUUUUGACUGAUACAUAGACUAAUCUUCACCCUGACUGGCUUAAAGAUGUACCGCAUAAGUCCAUUUGUAAGUAUAUUUUCCUACAAAUCAGUCAAUAAAGUGGAUUUCUAUGAAAGUUUUUUUUAAUGUAACUAUUGAAUAUGUUUCAAAUAAUUACAAUAGGAACCAAUUUAUUUUUUUAUGUACAGUAUUCUGUUAUCACUUGUUGUGAUGAUCAGCAUGUGCCUGUUAAUAUAUUGUGUGUUAAUAUUUCAUAAAAAGUUUACAGCUUUAC